AUGUCACUAAACCAAGAGCCGAUGAUAGCUCAACUUGAGACAGUAUCUGACUGGAUUACAAAAUUAGAAUACCUUCAAUCACUGAAACUGAAAUCUAGAGAUGAAAAAGGUCGACCUUGGACUUUACACAUGAAAUCCUUCGAAAAUAAUGCAUAUCUCACGGACAUGUAUUUGCUGGGAAGCUUGAGCAGUUCAUCUAUUGUGUCCCAAUUUCCAAUAAGCCUAGUUGAACUUACCCUAUCACAUUCAAAACUACAGGAUGAUCCCAUGAUACUUUUGAAAGAUUUUCCAAAUCUUCAAACACUGUGUUUACUUGCAGAGUCAUACACGCGAACAACUAUGAAACUACAUAGUCAGCAGCCUCAGCAUUUGGUCAAUGACGAUGGUUUCAAUCAGUCUCAGUUGUCUUCCAAUCUAGAAAACCAAGUGAAGAUAGAGCCUGGAAUUGAACACGAUAAAGAAGUGUUCAAUUCUCAUGUUCCUGAACAGUUCCAUAUGUCUGAGAUGCAAAAUCAGUUCCAGCAAAAUUCCUCUGAAGAUUUUUCUAGGAGUGCUCAAUACCUUUCCUUUCCAUCAGGUCAGCACGAUUUAUCGUUAUCAGCACCUCAAAAUUUGCAACAAAUGUUGCAUCCACACCAAUUAGUUGCAGAAUAUCAAAAUAAGUUCAGUUGUCUUACAGUUGGUGCACAAUCCAAUUCUAAACCAGUAGUUCUAAACCAAUGGCCUGACUCACAAGAUGGUAACCACAUGUCUAACAAUAUUUCACACGACCAACAUCUCCAUGUGGAUUUUCAUCAAAGAAUAUCAGGAAAGGAUGAAGAUCAUUACAAUAACUUAUCAUCAUAUGUAUCUAUGAGCCAAGCUGUUGCUCCUAGAGGCGCAGCUGAUCCACCAGACUCAGGAAGUGAUCUAAAAAAUGCGCAUAAAAAUCAACAAAGGUGGCUCUUAUUUCUACUUCAUGCGCGACGAUGUUCUGCUCCUGAAGGACGAUGCCAAGAACGCUGUUGUUCUAGUGCACAGAAUUUAUGCAAGCACAUAGAUGGAUGCACCCUAGGUCGUCAUUGUCCAUAUCCGCGUUGUCAUCUUAAUAGGGUAUUGCUUCGUCAUUCCAUGCACUGCAAGGAUCCGUGUUUCCCUGUUUGUGUUUUCGUAAGAAAUUACCGGUGCACAUUUCAACUUAAAGCUCAGAUUCAGCCAGAAUCUCAAUCAAGUUUGCCAAGUGUGGUAAAUGGAUCGUGUAAAUCUUACAAUAUUACAGCUAUGUCAUCCAGAUUGAUCUCAAAUCCUACAUUAGUUGUGGAAACUUCAGAAGGCUUGCACCCAUCUCUAAAACACAUAAAAAAAACUGAGCUGCACACUAAUACAAACGCUAGCAAUCAACACAAGACUAAGCUUGGUGGGAAAUCUGAAACUUCAAAACGGAAAUUUAUCUAA